AUGUUGCAGCCAUCAGAAGCUGCUCCUCAAGAGACACCCGAAAUGAGCAGGUUUCGCGUUGGAGAUCGAGUGAAGGCAAGGGUACCCAUGCGGAUUUCUCACCAUGGCAGAGGUUACUUCAACGAGGGUGGUGGCUAUGGUGUGCCAGAGCACCAGCGAGAUGAGGAAGAGGAGAGCAGUGCAGAUUGCAUCAACAUUGCUAAUCUCACAAAAUUUUCGGCCAGAAUUGAGCAAUUCUUAGAUUUCCGAGCUCCCCAAUUUAGACUCAUGAAUUUUCGAAGCUAUGCUACAAGAAUUUCCAAGGUUGUUGAAGCCUAUAUGAUCUUCUAUACCAGUUUUUUGGGGGAGCAAGAUGGUAUGGGACAAAUGUUUUUGACCUCUCACAGACUACAAAUAAAUGGGAUCAAACUUGCGAUGCGUGUUUUAUGGAAAUGA